AUCGCCAAGCAGCUUGGUGAGAAGGUGACAACAGUUGGUGCGAUUAUUCGCAAAUGGAAGAAACUCAAAAGAACUGUCAAUCUCCCUCGGCCUGGGGCUCCAUGCAAGAUCUCACCUCGUGGAGUUGCAAUGAUCAUGAGAAUGGUGAGGAAUCAGCCCAGAACUACACGGGAGGAUCUUGUCAAUGAUCUCAAGGCAGCUGGGACCAUAGUCACCAAGAAAACUAUUGGUAACACACUACGUCGUGAAGGACUGAAAUCCUGCAGCGCCCGCAAGGUCCCCCUGCUCAAGAAAGCACAUAUACAGGCCCGUCUGAAGUUUGCCAAUGAACAUCUGAAUGAUUCAGAGGAGAACUGGGUGAUCAGUGUUGUGGUCAGAUGAGACCAAAAUCGAGCUCUUUGGCAUUAACUCAACUCGCCGUGUUUGGAGAAGGAGGAAUGCUGCCUAUGACCCCAAGAAUACCAUCCCCACCAUCAAACAUGGAGGUGGAAACAUUAUGCUUUGGGGUGGUUUUUCUGCUAAGGGGACAGGACAACUUCACCGCAUCAAAGGGACGAUGGACGGGGCCAUGUACCGUCAAAUCUUGGGUGAGAACCUCCUUCCCUCAGCCAGGGCAUUGAAAAUAGGUCAUGGAUGGGUAUUCCAGCAUGACAAUGACCCAAAAACACACGGCCAAGGCAACAAAGGAGUGGCUCAAGAAGAAGCACAUUAAGGUCCUGGAGUGGCCUAGCCAGUCUCCAGACCUUAAUCCCAUAGAAAAUCUGUGGAGGGAGCUGAAGGUUCGAGUUGCCAAACGUCAGGCUUGAAACCUUAAUGACUUGGAGAAGAUCUGCAAAGAGGAGUGGGACAAAAUUCUUCCUGAGAUGUGUGCAAACCUGGUGGCCAACUACAAGAAACGUCUGACCUCUGUGAUUGCCAACAAGGGUUUUGCCACCAAGUACUAAGUCAUGUUUUGCAGAGGGGUCAAAUACUUAUUUCCCUCAUUAAAAUGCAAAUCAAUUUAUAACAUUUUUGACAUUCUGAUCAUGUCUUUGUCAGUGGGCAAACGUACAAAAUCAGCAGGGGAUCAAAUACUUUUUUCCCUCACUGUAUACAGUAACUACUGGCUAACUGGACUUUGGUACUGUAUGUAAGAAUCAGUGAAUUUGUAAGGUUUCCUUUGUUUGUCUGUGUCCAGUAACUGACGCAUCUCAGGUCUACGGAGUAAGUGAAUAACUGAUUGACUGACUGACCGACGCUCAUUCUUCACCUUUGACCCCCUGACCUCCAGGUGACCCCUCGUCUGGACACCCACCCGGCCAUGAUCACGGUGCUGGAGAUGGGCGCCGCACGCCACUUCCUGCGUACUCAGCAGAUGGCCCGCAGUACCGAGGAGAGGGCCCAGAUGCUGCAGCCCACCCUGGAGAUCAACGCUGGGUACGAGAGGGAGAGUGGAGGGAUGGAGUGGAGAGGGAUCUCUAAAUCGAGGCGUUUUAUGUCCAAAUCCAUAAUAGUUUCUAGUUUUAUUUGUCACAUGCAGAAGUACAGUGAAAUGCUUAACUUGCAAGCCCUUCCCAACAAUGCAGUAUUCAAUAUCACAAUAGUAUUGUGUUGAUUUGUGUUUGUCUCCUGCUCUCCCUUUCCUCUAUAGUCAUGACCUCAUCAAGAAGAUGCACUCACUGAAGGAGUCCGACUCUGCACUCGCACAACUGCUGCUGGAGCAGGUAGAGUAUACUCUCUUUGAUCAUAACAUGGACCUCUGGUCUUAUUCCAGUUGUUAGUUUCACUCUUGUUGGUACCAGUUGUCAGUUUCAUGCAGGCCUGUCAUGCUCCAUAUCCUCCAGAUCUACGACAACGCAAUGAUCGCAGCGGGCCUCAACGACGACCCCCGACCCAUGAUCGCCCGCCUCAAUGACCUGCUGACCAGAGCGCUGGAGAAACACUGAGACGCAGAGGUAUGAUGUCACUUCCUGUCAUGGCCGUCACCUGUAGGGCCUACAGACACUACAGUCGCUGCCUGGUUUAACUCCCCAUCGCCCCAACCAACCGUCCUACUGGUCAGGUCAUUGUAGGCCCUACAUAGACAUGUGACCAUGUGAUACUGAAGCUACUACCCCCAUCAACAACCCACUACUCUGGUGGCCUUUACACAUUCAGGCCUGCCCAUCUAUACCCAGAAAAGUCCCUUCAAUACAAACACACUGUCCAAGGAGAGCAGGGAGUCUUUGGCCUGCUCAGAGACAAAAUGGAGAAGACGGACACGGCUCAAGCUAUGAAUUUUUGUUGCGUGGGCUCUCCAGCAUUUUCUAUGUGUUUGUCCGUUUUUAUUCAUGUUGUGUGUGAUGACAGAGAUGUGACGGUUUUGACUGAAGAUAUUUACAAGACUGUGCCAUAA